CUGGGGUGCCUGAGGUGGCCGCAGGCUUAUGUCAUCUAUCGUUAUCGGCAGGUGACUCAAAGAAAAUCGUCCCCGCGGUUCCCCUCCAUGACUUUGUCAAGCAGCUUAAAGAUUGAAAAGAUGAGAAUGCCGGUUAUGGAGACUGAAAAUACUACGGUGGAGGCUUCAUUGAGCGAAGUCCCAGAUCGCUUGCCUUUCCCGCCUGUGACGUACUCUCACAUCCUCCGUUGCUCCUACCAUGACUGGCACCCUCGUUAUCGGCCACUUAUCCCAAAGUCUCGCCUGAUCUCCCUCACUCCGGCCUUUGUGAACUACCUCCGUGCAGACGGCAUCGUUCUUCCGCCCGAAGCGCGCCCUCCGAGAGAAGAUGACGAGCUCGAUGCAUACGAAGAUUCCGAAGAGGGAGAGGAGGACCCAUCCGCGGAGUGGCCGGAGAUUCACACUCAAAUCAAGAACACUAUCGCAGAAUUGGGUGGCAAGGUCACACCCAAGCUGAACUGGAGCGCACCCAAAGAUGCAACUUUCAUGUCCCCAACAAACGAUACCGAAUGCCGCUCUCCGAACGACAUAUAUCUUCUCCUAAAGAGUAGCGACUUCAUCACACACGACUUGGAGCACCCCUUCGAUGACUGUGAACCAGACCACAUCAAUGGCAACGCCACAGAAGACAUCCUCCCAGACGUGCCUUACCACCUGGUGCUCCGCCAAUACGUCAACUUCAACCCGUCCCUAGAAUUUCGAUGCUUCGUUCGGAAUCGCAAGUUGCUUUGCAUGUGCCAACGUGACCAAAAUCAUUUUGACUUCCUCUUUGGCAUGCGCGACAUGCUCCGAUCCCGGAUCCAAUCGUUCUUCGACGAGAAGCUGCGCGAUACCUUCCCCGAUCCCAACUUUACCUUCGAUGUGUACAUUCCUGCUCCACACCAGCGUGUAUGGCUUAUUGAUAUCAACCCUUGGGCGCAGCGGACCGAUCCACUUCUCUUUAGCUGGUUGGAGAUCCUGCGGAUGAAGGACCCCAUUGGUUUCGAGGAGGAGGCAGACAACGGCGUUGAGGAAGGGUUCGUACGAAUCUCUCUUCGGGAUGGUACUGUUAUCACUCCUUCAUCUGAAGAGGAGGCCGAGGGUGACUCUUCCUCGGAGGAGGAGGAAGUCGAGAACGUCGCUCCUGGUGGCGAUGAUCAGUUCGCACCCUUCUUGCCGGAAUUCCGCCUUAUUAAGAAGGAUGACCCGGAGUCAUAUUCAUUCAAUACACCGCAGUUCUCGGCUCAUAAGGUGCCAAAGGAGCUUGUCGAUGCUUCACUGGCCGGACCUGGUGGUAUGAGCGAGUUCUUGGGCAAGUGGCAGGAGAUUUUGAAGCAACAGGAGCGAGAGGACCGGGACGCUGGCAAUGAGUCCAACUAGAUGGACCAACUGUAAAUGUGCAUUAAGAAAGAGGCGUUUCAUCCGUGUCGGAACUUUUGAAUUCCGUGGCGUUGUUCGAUGCAUUUGUAUGGAUUGGUCAAAAGUGCAUAUUCUCAAUUAAAUUCAAUGUAUUGUCCAUGCACGCGAAAUAUAAACCUUGUUAUUUCCGAACCCUUCUUUGUUGUCUAAGCCCCGAAGCUAUAUACACCAGACAACCGGGCAUCCAGCCUUGACUCCCAGUCUAAAGUUUAUGCUUCUUCUCACCAGAGGCCAACUUCCUAAACUCCUCCUGCGGCACACCCAUCAAAAACCGCUCGAGACCCAUAAAAGCCUCAAUACCAUUCUGACGAUCCAGAAUCUCCCUCUCUGGCCGACGCACAAGCUCCUUGAUCUUCAACAGACUAGACUGAUUCAAAUGCGUACCCAACCGAUCAUCAACCUCAGCAAGCACAUUCUUCAAAAAGCCCGCCGAGUCCUCCUUAUUCUUCGAAUCCGCCUCGAUCACCUUAUUCACGAAUCCGGCCGACACAAGCUCCUCGCAGGAUAUCCGCUUGCUCAUGAUGAGAGCCUCGUUGGCCUUGGCGAUGCCGAGACGCUCAACGAAUGCGCGGCUGGCGCCGCCUUCGGCGACGAGGCCGAGGGAUGAGAAGGGGGUGAGCACGAAGGCGUGCGGGGCGGCGUAGAUAAAGUCGGCGUGGGAGAUUAGUGCUGCGGAGAGGCCGACGGCGGGUCCGUUUAGGGCAACGACUAGGAUCUUGCUGUGGUUGUAGAAGGUGCGGGUGACGUCGACGUUGUUGGCGACGAAGCCCUUGACCAGUUCACGGCGGGCGUUGGAGCUCAGAUCGCCAUUGGGACGGCUGCUUGUCACAUCUGCGCCGCUGUACACGGGAAAGUUGGGUCAGUUUGGUUAGGGUUUGGAGA